AUGAACAGUUCAAAAUCACCAGGGCUGGCUGGAUUUGGAAUCUUGAAGAACACAACUUGCCACACGGAGAAGAAGAUUUCUGUUUUCUUUUCGAUAAUCUUCAUGACGGUGGGAAUUUUGUCCAACAGUCUUGCAAUAGUAAUUCUCAUGAAGGCGUAUCAGAGGUUUCGACAGAAAUCGAAAGCCUCCUUUUUGCUUCUUGCUAGUGGUUUGGUCGUCACAGAUCUCUUUGGCCACCUCAUCAACGGAGCCAUUGCGGUGUUUGUGUACGCUUCGGAUAAAGACUGGAUUCGAUUUAACCAGUCCAACAUUCUUUGCAGUGUUUUUGGCAUCUGCAUGGUUUUCUUUGGUUUGUGCCCGCUCUUAAAACGGGGCAGUGUGAUGGCUGUUGAACGGUGCAUUGGAGUCACUAAGCCAAUAUUUCACUCUACAAAAAUGACUUCUAAACAUGUGAAAAUGAUGUUGACUAUGGUGACAAUGGCCAGAAUCGGGAUAAAUGAGAGUCAUUCAAAGGAUACCUGUGAAACAAUACUUUUUGCUCUCCGAAUGGCAACGUGGAAUCAGAUUUUAGAUCCCUGGGUGUACAUUCUUCUCCGGAAAGCUGUACUUAAAAACCUGUACAAGAUCACAAGGGGAUGUUGUGGCGUGCACAUCAUAAACCUACACAUGUGGGAACUCAGCUCCAUCAAGAAUUCUCUGAAGGUUGCAGCAAUAUCUGAAUCACCAGUAAGUUCCAAACAAAUAAACCUACAGCCACUCAGCUCUACGGGGCAAUUAAGUUGA